AUGAACCAAGCUAAUCAUUCCGGUCUGGUUGAAAUCAGCCAUGAUGCGGCAGUCUCCAGCGGGAAACAAGUCGACGCAACUGUGUCGAGGGGCGAGGUUGGGAAUUUGCGGGAUGACCCAGAGGCCAAGGCUCAGUUUCUAGCAACAUUUGACGCGGAUGAAGAGACGCGAAUCAUGAGAAAAGUGAGCCGCCACUUUUUCUUAUUAAUUGGUAUCAUGUAUAUGAUCAAAUCGCUGGACACGAAUAAUGCUGCCAAUAUCAGGGUACUCCAAGUCGGGCAGCCGAGGAACAUCAUGGCCGAGUUGGGAAUGACUUCAGACGAGUACAACUGGGUUGGGUCCAUUUAUGGUAUCGCAUACAUCAUCUUUGAAGCGCCGAGUAAUCUGCUUUUGAAGCGCAUGAGUCCACAUUUGUGGCAAUCUCGCAUCUUUCUAACGUGGGGAGUCAUAACUGCGUGCCAUGCUGCGGUACAGACAAGGGAUCAGCUGUACGCUGUCCGGUUCUUGCUCGGCAUGUUCGAAGCUGGCAUGUUUCCCGGAGUUCUGGCUCAGUUAUCCAGUUGGUAUCGGACCGACGAAAUGGGCACACCAGUCGCCAUCUUUUUUGUCUUCAAUUCCCUUGCACCCAUCGUCGGCUCUCUGCUAUGUUAUGGUCUGAGCUACAUGAAUGGAGUCGCUGGGAUCAGUGCGUGGAGAUGGGUAUUUCUCAUUGAGGGUCUUGCCACGAUUGUCUUCUCCGGCUUCGUUUUCUGGCUUCUACCCGACUACCCCAAGUCGCCUCGCAGCAAUCGCUGGUUGUCGGCCCGAGAGCAAGAGUUCAUCGAGGCGAGACUGCCAGAGAAUGCACCGCUCACCAACGAUCCCGCCUUUUCCAAGAAGGAAAUUUUGGCAGUCCUGAAAAGAGUCCUUAUUUGGUCUUUCAUGUUAUCACAGACCUUGGUAAACAUCGGUGGUUACGCACUCACCUGGUUUCUACCGACCAUCAUCACGAAUCUGGGUUUCGCCGAACUGCCAAGGAACCAAUUGCUAAACAUUCCACCGGCUGUGGCAGCAAUCUGUGGAAUAUUGUUCUCGGCAUGGCUUAUGAAUCAGGCAAUCAUUGUACGACCAGCACUUAUCAUGAUUAUAAUGGCUGGCAUGGUCACAUGUUUCGUCCUCUUCUUCACCAUCAGCAACCACGUCGGUAUCUACAUUAGCUGCAUACUUGGGUCUCUGUUCUAUCAGACCUACUUCAUCCCCUUCUGGGCUUGGCGAUCGGCUACCAUGUCUGGUUCGACAGGGACUGCCUUCACCCUAGGGCUGCAGAGCGGAAUUGCACAGCUCGGCGGUGUAAUUGGCCCACAGCUGUUCCAGUCCCGAUGGGCCUAUAAUGGUUACAAGAACAGUUUCGCCAUCGCUGGUUCAACCAUCAUUGCCGGCUUUGUGAGCAAUCUCUGGACUUGGUGGCUCACUCGGAACACUGAGUACGAUGUGCUCCGGGUUCGCCGCAUUAUGAACCAAGCGCGCCGGGAUGGUAGGACGAAUUAUGAAGAUGACAUUCGCAUAUUUGAAGAAAGGCGUUUCUUUGAAGGAAUUCGCAGAACCAAGGAUCCGGUCAGCGAGGACAACUCGCAAGUAUAA